CUCAAAAGCAGUGGGCAGAAACUGACAGAUAAAAUGAUCUGUUGCUUCCUAACAUAUAUAACACAAACUACACACCAUUUAUCAGGAAUCGACGACACAAACAGCCAAAUGUCCAGUAAAUUCGGAUCCGUAUACUUUGCUACUGAAAAGGGCCAGACCUUGGGUCCGCAAGCGAGAUCCUUUGCCCAAGCCGACAAGAACUCCAAUACGUUCUUUGUGGCGUACAUGGCGGGGGUAUCCAAGAAAGGAAGCCCGUUCUACGAACAUGCGAGCUACAAAAACUUGUCUGCAUUUCUGCAAGCAUAUGCCGACAUACCAGCCAAGGACCGGUUCUUCGGGGAGCUUCUCAGGGAUGGCCACGCCUGUUCGGAGUACUACUCAUAUUGUUGAUUCUGUACGUAACAGAUACUUGAAGUAUAAGCACGCGGACCAGUAUGCAGUGCACUAUGAAGGCGGCAUGAUCUUUAAGCUGAAACGCAAAUGUUCGGGUCAUUGUGAUAUAUGCAAGCGUUGCCAUACAAGCGACCAUGCGUAUCUACAGCUGUGGACGAAUGGCGAAAUUCACCUACACUGUCACAGGUCCGCUAGAAAAUUAGGUGUACUCUUGGAUAAGCUUGGCUUUAGUGCCGUAAUCGAGCUUUGUGCCAUGGCAUGUAAACAACGACCGUCCGUUCCUCUGGAUGGAGCAAUCACAUACAUCGAAAAAUACAUCAAACACGAACUGCUGGCACCUGGAUUUCCGUCGUUGAAACUCGGUAAUGGCAAGCUCAACGCAGCCAGGGAAAAGUCACCAAGCCUGAUGUUUUGUUCUGCCACAGGAACAGGAAAAACAAUGUAUAUUGAUGCGCUCGUCAAGGCAAAUCCAGGACGCCAAAUCGUUUGCGUCACCUGCAAAAAGUCGUUGGCAAACGCCAAUGGACAGCGCCGCGACAUCCCAAACUAUCAAGAUAUUCGCAAGCCGAUUAUUACAGAGGAUAGAAUUAUGAUCCAAGCAGAGUCAUUGUGGAGACUUGACUUGGAUUUCUAUCUAGACAACGAUGUCAUCUUGAUCCUCGAUGAAGUUAGCUCGCUCUUUGACCAGAUGACCAGCAAAUCUACUAUGGGAGACAAGCAUGACAUGAACAACGUCGCUCUGAAUGCAUUGAUCGAGGGCGCGGCCCGGGUCGUCUGUUUCGACGCUGAUCUUACGAAUGAGGAUGUGCAACUCGUGAAAAGUCUGCGCGAUGACGUGCAAGUUAUCCACAAUAUGGCGAAACCACAGGAUGGCGAUACCGUAAUGAUGUACGGGACUAAAAUACAGCUCCAGGUCGAGAUAUGUGAUCUGAUGCGUAAAGGGAAUCGAAUUUGGAUAUCGAGCACUCUCAGCGCCAAGCGAUCCAUGGGGAUACACAGAGACCUCGCGAGCAAAGGCUACCGUGGGAUUUGUAUAACAAGGAACAUACCUGAGAGUGAGAAGCGCUAUGUAGCCGAGAAUAUCAACACAGUUAUCGCCGACCUCGAUUAUUUCAUCCACGCACCAACUAUCAGUGUCGGCAUCGACUGUAAUAUCGAGAAUCACGUUGACUAUGUGGUAGGCUUCUUCAGCACGCAAAGCGGUGUCACAGUGGAGACAUGCAGACAGAUGUUGCGGCGUGUCCGUCACGUCAAAUCAAAGACAUACAUGGUCCAUGUCGACGGCGCAACAAAUAAACUUCCCAC